AUGUCUUCCUAUGGACAGAUGAUUAGCUCGCGCUGUGCUGAGCCAUGUGAAGUAACGUGCCCACAACCAUAUGUCAACUGUUGGAAUGAACCUUGUGUCAGCUCGUGUGGAGACUCAAGAGCAAUCGUGUAUGCGCCGCCUGUUGUUGUGACUUUCCCAGGACCCAUUAUCAGCUCCUGCCCUCAAGAAAGUUUUGUGGGAACUGCCAUGCCUGAAAUUGAGGGUCAGAUGGGCUCCGGAGGUGGAGGAAUAGGUUCCGGAGGUGGAAUGGGCUCUGGAGGUGGAGGAAUGGGUUCCGGAGGUGGAAUGGGCUCCGGAGGUGGAGGAGUGGGCUCUGGUGGUUCCUGUGGUGGAGGCAGCUCUUAUGGGAUGGGCUCUCACGGUUCAGGAGGUUCUUGUGGUGGCAUAGGAGGGGGCUCAUAUGGUGGGGAGGGCUCAUGUGGUGGUGGACUCUCCCGUCUGGGAAGCUUUUACCGAAACUCGUAUUUUUCAGGAUAUGGUAGAUAUUACUCCCCCUUUUUUUCCAGAGGGUAUUAUAGGUAUCGCUAUGGAAACUAUGGACCAUUUUAA